CUCUGUUGCUUUAUUUUUGUGUGGAGGGAGGCGCUGCAUUGUCUGUGCCUUCUGCCUUCUGCACCUGGAGAGCUGGCUCUGCCUGGAAACAGGCAACAGGUUACUUAUCAGGGUGUCUCAGCUGUCAGAUGGCAGGGGUGAUGUGUGAGGGAGGCUGCGUCCUGGGGUGCCAUUGACUACCCGCUGCCGCCCCCUGACCUGCCUCCCUGCUGUCAGAGAUGCUGAUGGACAAGGCUCCUCUCAGCCCCUGCAAAGUAUGAGGGCGCUAACAAUGGCUGCCGGGAAAAGGGGUGGGGGCUGAGGAGAGGGGAUCAGUCAAGGAUGAGAGGGCUUUAGACUCAUUCCUCACACAGUAGCCCUACGAGGAAAGCCAUGGUUGAAGGCCUUCAGGUCACAGUGCCUGACAAGAAGAAGGUGGCCAUGCUCUUCCAGCCCACUGUGCUUCGAUGCCACUUUUCCACGUCCUCCCAUCAGCCUGCGGUGGUUCAGUGGAAGUUCAAAUCCUACUGCCAGGAUCGCAUGGGAGAAUCCUUGGGCAUGUCUUCUCCCCGAGCCCAAGCGCUCAGCAAGAGGAACCUGGAAUGGGACCCCUACUUGGAUUGUUUAGACAGCAGAAGGACCGUCCGAGUGGUAGCUUCCAAACAGGGCUCGACGGUUACCCUGGGAGAUUUCUACAGGGGCAGAGAGAUCACAAUAGUUCACGAUGCAGAUCUUCAAAUUGGAAAGCUCAUGUGGGGAGACAGCGGACUCUACUACUGUAUCAUCACCACCCCGGAUGACCUGGAAGGCAAAAACGAAGACUCAGUGGAACUGCUGGUGUUGGGCAGGACAGGGCUGCUUGCUGAUCUCUUGCCCAGUUUUGCUGUGGAGAUUAUGCCAGAGUGGGUGUUUGUCGGCCUGGUGAUCCUGGGGAUUUUCCUCUUCUUCGUGCUGGUGGGGAUCUGCUGGUGCCAAUGCUGCCCUCACAGUUGCUGCUGCUAUGUCCGCUGCCCAUGCUGCCCAGAUUCCUGCUGCUGCCCUCAGGCCUUGUAUGAAGCAGGGAAAGCAGCCAAGGCCGGGUACCCUCCCUCUGUCUCCGGUGUCCCCGGCCCCUACUCCAUCCCCUCUGUCCCUUUGGGAGGAGCCCCCUCUUCUGGCAUGCUGAUGGACAAGCCGCAUCCACCUCCCCUGGCACCAAGUGAUUCCACUGGAGGAAGCCACAGUGUUCGCAAAGGUUACCGGAUCCAGGCUGACAAAGAGAGAGACUCCAUGAAGGUCCUGUACUAUGUCGAGAAGGAGCUGGCUCAGUUUGAUCCAGCCAGGAGGAUGAGAGGCAGAUAUAACAACACCAUCUCGGAACUCAGCUCCCUGCAUGAUGAUGACAGCAAUUUCCGCCAGUCUUACCACCAGAUGCGGAAUAAGCAGUUCCCUAUGUCUGGAGACCUGGAAAGCAAUCCUGACUACUGGUCAGGUGUCAUGGGAGGCAACAGUGGGACCAACAGGGGGCCAGCCUUGGAGUAUAACAAAGAGGACCGUGAGAGCUUCAGGCACAGCCAGCAGCGCUCCAAAUCUGAGAUGCUGUCGCGGAAGAACUUUGCCACGGGCGUGCCGGCCGUGUCGAUGGACGAGCUGGCAGCCUUCGCAGACUCGUACGGCCAGCGGUCGCGGCGCGCCAAUGGCAACAGCCACGAGGCGCGGGCGGGGAGCCGCUUCGAGCGCUCGGAGUCGCGGGCCCACGGUGCCUUCUACCAGGACGGCUCGCUGGAUGAGUACUACGGGCGCGGACGCAGUCGCGAGCCGCCGGGAGACGGGGAGCGUGGCUGGACCUACAGCCCCGCACCCGCACGCCGCCGGCCGCCAGAGGAUGCGCCUCUGCCGCGCCUGGUGAGCCGGACCCCGGGCACCGCGCCCAAGUACGAUCACUCGUACCUGAGCAGCGUGCUGGAGCGCCAGGCGCGGCCGGAGAGCAGCAGCCGCGGGGGCAGCCUGGAGACGCCGUCCAAGCUGGGCGCGCAGCUGGGCCCGCGCAGCGCAUCCUACUACGCCUGGUCGCCGCCAACCACAUACAAAGCUGGGGCCAGCGAGGGCGAAGACGAGGACGACGCGGCGGAUGAGGACGCGCUGCCACCCUACAGCGAGCUGGAGCUGAGCCGCGGAGAGCUGAGCCGGGGCCCGUCCUACCGUGGGCGUGACCUGUCCUUCCACAGCAACUCGGAGAAGAGGAGGAAAAAGGAGCCCGCCAAGAAACCCGGCGACUUUCCAACCAGGAUGUCCCUUGUAGUCUGAUACUUAUAAGACACCUCUCUGGAUGACUGGAAAUCAGAUGCAGACUAUGGAGACAAGACCCAAAUCUGAGAGCCGGCAAGCCUAGGAUCUUCUCUGGCCAGCAACCACCUUGGAAGCUUUGCUGAUCUCUGCUUUGGCAAGGGAUCCUCCUUUAAGAAGGCUGAUUUCAAAUCUUAGUGCCCAUCUAUCUCGAGCAACUUACCAAGAAAACGCUCUGUGAGAACAUAUCACGUAAUAACCGACCAAGUUUAUCUUACACCCCCACCCCCACCCCCAUUUCCUUAGCAGAAACAAGACUCUGCGUCCAGUUCUGAAGCUGGAAGCUUUGAACCCCUGAUCUCUAGAAAUUACCUAUGCCUGCAGUAUGUUUUUCUACGAGUGCUAUUCUGUGCUUAGACAGAGGAAUUUACUACUACAGUUAGAAGACCGUCUGCUCACAAGAGAGAUAAAUGGUAAAAUGGACCUUGUAUCCCCUUGCUUCCAGUCACUGGUCAAUGAGUCUUGUUAUGCUAAAACCAGAAGGCCUUUAGUGAGCGUACUGGCCGUGACCUCCUGGGCAAUCACAGAAAUGGCUUCAAUUUGCUGCUCUGACUCACAAUUCUAAGUGGCUGGGACAAACAGAGGAGAGCAUUUUGAAAAACCAUCUUAAGUGGUCUUUCUUUUUCCAUUCAGAGGACACAAACUGCUUUUCAUCUUUCUGUCGAACAGAGUGACAAUCCUAAGGUUCUCCCUGCCCAGCCCACACUGGUCCCUCUCUUCCCUCCCUCUCCUGGUCUUUUCAGGGCUGGUGCCUCUGAGGGUGUUCCACUCCAUGCUUCAGUGUGAAUAGCUUGUCAUCAGGUGCCUUUGACAGAUGCUUCAAACAAACAUUUGAGAGAGAAGAAAAGCAGAAGUCGGUGAUACAAAAUGAACAGGAAAUGAUAUGUAGGCUCAUUAUAUUUUGAAUGUGGGUUGUUUCCCCACAAACACACUCAGAUUUGUUUUUGUUUUUAUUUUUGGAUUUGUACUUCACUUAAGAAUUAUUUCUACCAUCCUGAUUCUGCAGCUGUUGGGCACCAGGGAAUGUGGUGUCCACAUCUUUUGGCCUCACUGGCCCACCACUAUUGAUGCUUUGGGGAAAAGAAGGACAGCACUUCCUCUUCCUGCCAUUGCAAAAAAAAAAAUUGAUUUUUGCCUGAAUCCCAAAUUGAACUUUUGUAGGUAAACUGCAAAAGUGGCCACAAACUCUUCCCCUCUCAUGUUCCUGUGAAGGGAUUUGUCCUCUUGCUGCCACAGGCCCUGCCAAAUGCACCUCAGCUAUCCUACAUGAUGAGAGAAGAGCCUGGUCACCACCGUCAUUAUCUGUGCCCAUCUUAUCAACUUUAAGCAGACUUGGAAGAACAUCUAGCCACGACCAACAAAAGAACUGCCUAGCUGAGCCGAGCCCAAACUGGAGAUUCCCGCUUGAGAGGAGACAUUCAGCAUUCCUGUGUUCAUUUAUCAUUGACGAUAAACCUCCCGUCAGAAUAUUUGUCUCUGGUCGGUUACUCACCCAACCUUGGGUGUCACACAACCUUCACUUUUGUUAGCAGACUUUUCAAUCUGCAUUAUUGUGGUGAGACACGUGACUGGAUGAAGUGACUGGAGCAAGGGGAUGCUUGCUAUCCCCUAAUCCAGUGGUGGUCUACUUCUACUUAUUGAUCUACAUGUAGUCUCUGAUUCACUGGUCAGUAUUUCCAUGGCCACGUGACUGGAAUUCCAGAGUCCAUUCUGUUAGCAUCCAUUAUACUUCAUGAGAUUUCCAGAAAAGGUCCUCUGUGAGUGGUGUAAGAGCUGCUGGGUUAGGGUGGGUGUUGGGGGGUGGAAUCAUUACUUGGAGGAGAACUGGCCUGCCAAAGGACUUCACGGUUGCUUUGGCCUGCCCUAGAUGGAUCAGGAGGAUACUUCAGCCCAAUGCUGGCACUUCCAAGGGCUGGAAGACAAAAGCCAUAACCCUUGUGCUGAGUUUUAGGUUUGUUAGUGUCCCUGGCCUCAGAACACCUAGGUCUGAUCUGUCUGUUUGGGCUCUAAAUCAAUAUGGCAAAAACAUCAUUUCUUAGUCACCAGCUUUUGAUUUCAACUUGCUCAGGCACUUUUGAAGAAUAUUGGAUAGCCGCAGUAGCUAUUGUUAUACUGAGCACUGUGUCAGGCUUCUUAGCACCAAAGAGCCCCAUAGCACAGGCUACAGAGACCAAAUAUAUUGCUUUAUAGAGCCAGGGGCGUGUAUGAGCUUGGGGAAAGCUGAGGGAUCGAUGAGUGAAAGAAAAAAGUUAAAAUUGGAAACAUAAGGUUCUAAAGACAACAAGUCUAUAGGCUGACAAAUUAAAAAAAAUUUCAAUGUAGAGAAGAUAACAGGCUUUCAAUAUAACGGGGGAAAGUGGGGCACAGAUUGUUCUUUAUAGGGCAUGAGUCACGUGGGCUUCCAGACCUUCAGUACAGAGGAAAUUCAGUUGCUUCUGGGUCCGUGGAUAGGAGAUGAUCUGAAUGGACAAGGCUAAGCUGGCCGUCCUUGAUGCCCUCGACAUUUCUUUACACACCCCUUUGUUUCUUCUCCAAAUACUGUGUCCUGUACAGGAAGUGCCUAUGCGUAUUAGUUCCUUUCCUGUUUUUCUAGGGCAUAAGCAAAGUGUAAGAGGUGAUCUCCAUCCACUGAUCCCCUACAAUUUAAGAAGGAAGAUAAGUCAUGCCCAAGAAAGGAUGAGUAUAUUUUAUGCAUAUGAUAAGAAAUAGUGCUAUGGAUAAAUUAUAAUAAACCCAGAGAUUUAAAGUUUUCUUUAAAAACAAAAACCUUAAAUGGGAAUAUUUUGAUAUUUAAGUGUUGUGUGUUUGUCCAUCCAUCCCAUUUUUAGGACAUGCUCAGUGAUCUGCAAAGCCAGGCUGUAGAAGUCUGAGCUGAAAGGAGGUGAAGGAGAAGAGAGAGGGAUGAGUGGCCUCAGGGAGGAGGGAAGAGAGUAGAGGCCCGCUUACAGGAGCUUCUGUCUCUGUCUGUGACUCACAGCUGAGUCAGGGACAAGCUGGAGGAGGGAGUAUGGAAGCAGGUGGCAGGAGAGGUCCCCUGGUGCUCAGAGCUCUUCUCUAGGCUAUGUAUAGACUCAUUAGGAGACUCAGGACUGUAUUCAGUUCUUCCAUCCAAGCAAGCCCAGGGGAGCUUGGGAUUUAGUCCUCCUGGCACUUGUAUCUACAGCUUGGGGUGCAGUAGCACCUCACAUGGGUUGGGGACCUCACCUCCCUUCUCAUGAUCCUCACUCUGCAUGUGGUGUAGGGGUGGGCACCCCAGGGUGAGAGGGGGCUGGCGCUACAUAUAAAAAUCUGGUUAGAUCCGAAGCAGUCUUUGAGAGGAGUGGAGUAACUAACAGACACCGCUUUGGCUCAUCUGCUCUCCAUCCAUUUCUAAAUAGAUGGAUAAGCCAUCAUCCACAUUUAUGGAGUCACAAACCAGUCAGAUCUUUAGAUUCCCAAUCUAUAGGCCUUUCCUGCUGGAUCUGUGUUUUUGCAAAAUUGCCUAGUCAUAAGAAUUACUUGCCUAGGGACUGGAGAGAGAUGGCUUAACAGUCAAAAACACUGCUUUAGCCGAGGACCCGAGUUUGGUUCCCAGCACUCUACUAAUGCUCACAGCUGUCUGUAACUUCAAUUCCAGGGACCCACUGAUCUCAUAGAGCAUCUGGGAGCACUAAACUCACAUGGUACGCAUAUAUACCAUCAAAAAACUCUCAGGCACACAAAAUAAAAAUAAAUACAUUGUUAAAAACUGAAAAAGAAAGGGGCUGGAGAGAUGGCUCUGUGAUUACGUGUGCUGGCUACUCUUCCAGAGGACCCACAUUCAUUUUUCAGCACAUGGAGACUCCCAGCACCAGUUCAGACACACACACACACACACACACACACACACACACACACGAAGGCAAAAUACACACCUAACAAAGAAAUAAAGCAUUUAAAAAUACUUGGUAAAACAAUUACUUGCCUGGGGGACUGGGAUGUGGCUCAGUUGGUAGAGCGCUUGAUUAGCAUGCACAAAGCCCUGGUUCAAUCCCUAGCACAAUAAACUAGGGGUAGUGGCACAUGCCUGUGAUCCCAACAUCUGGGAGAGUUUCAAGUUCAAGGUCAUCCUUGGCUACAUAGUGAGUUCAAGGUCACCCUGGGCUGUAUGAUACUCUGCCUUAAAGAACCAAACACUGAAAAUAACAAUGAAAAAACACAAGGAUUACUGACUGCCACUGUCACAAAUGCUGUUGGACUGUACCUUGGAGAAUGGAUGGGUGGAUCUGGAGUAAGGAUUUGUAUUCUGAACAUAUCCUUUUAGAAUGCCUUGUGGUAGAUGCAUUUGGGUGGUGCUAUACUGGAUCAUACCUCUGGUGCACCCCUAUCUGCUGGCCAGGAAUAUUGUUUGUGCUGUGGAUUAUUUCAUUCCAAUAUCACUGUGAGGUCCCUCUAACUUCCUUAGGUCUGGCACUGGUGUGGCAUCCAGCAGUCCCAGCUAUGACACUGGAGAAUGGCUCACCAGAGUCAGGCUGAAAGGAAACAUUUAAAGGGAGGGGGUUGGAGGACCUCCCCCCGGGAGGCUUCUUGACAUGUUCCAACUCCCAGAAUAGUGAUAUGUUGUGACAGGCUGAGAUCAGACAACAGGAAUUACAGACAAUUUUCUUAUUCCCUUACCAUCCUGAAUAAAACUUAGCUCAUGAAUAGAAAAAAAAAAAAGCCAUCAGAGAAAAUGGCAAACGUAAAUCAUUUUUAAAGGGUAAAAAUUAAAAGCUUUGCUAAUAACAUAACUUUCAUGCUAGGACCAAAAGUGGGUGGAGAAAAAAAUAGUAAAAUAUAUAUUACCUAUUCCAAAACUGAUUUAAUUGCAGCCAGAAUCUUAUGGAAGUUUAGAAGUGAUGUAUAGAGUACAGGAAUCACCCAUGGAAAUUCUAAGGUCUUAGAAAGCAAAAGGUUCCCUACCAGGACCUACCCCCUAGUCACUUGGGAUUACCUGUGAAGCUCAAAGGCCCUAGUGGCAUCAAAGGUGAGUAAGAAGAAGCCGAGAUGCUUUAAGCAACAGCGUGAGGUUGGCAUCAACGGGGCACAUUUGUUCUUCACAGCAAGCCCAGUGUUUUCCCAUCUUACCCAAUGUGGAGCUGGGUCUGAAAGUGUGCCAAGUGAUCACCUAUUGCCAAAUAGCUUUUAGUCUUUAGAUGGCCUUCUGACUGUCCAGGUCCUAAGCCUACAGUAAUCACGGGCCCAGCCUCUAGUGUGUUCUCUUCCCAAGCAGGUGGAUAGUGGAGAGAGCCCUGACUCAAUAUUCACUCACACAUCAUUGGUGAGGAGAAGCUAGGAAGGCAGGCAUUUGCCACUUCAUCUAUCCACAGGAGGUUCCUUGAAGUCUGCCCUGAGAAGGAGGUGUCUUUGCUGGGGAGGAUCUUCAUCAUCAGCAUCAAGCUGUGAGGGGAAAGGCUUUGACAAAAGGGUUGCCACUUUCUGAAUUCUUCUCAAAGAGGAAUUUCUAAGCCAAGCUACAGAUUCAUCCAGGCUCAGAAUUCCAUGGCUGUGGGCAGGAGCUGUCAUCUUCACUAUAUUUUGAGAUACAUUUUUUUUUAGGUAGAACUCGAGGUCCAGAUCUAGAGGGGGAUAAGGACGAUGAGAAGGAUAAAGUUGUGGCAGUUGAGCUAAAAGUCAUGUUCGAGUUUUUUGGUGGGUCUGACUGGACAGGGGAAAAUGUGGUCCGACUUCUUUUAUCUAAAAGUUUGGGAAAGAUACCCAUAGCUUCUCUCUUGCCAUGUUUAUUAACAAAGAUGUUAGACACUACUCCAUGAGAAAUGUCCUUGUGAAAAUAAAAACCAUGCCAUCAAAAGAGUCGGGUGCAAAGAUGCCUACUUCAUGAGAAUCACCUGCCCAGUUGUUUUUGUGCCUUGUCUGUGACAUCAAAACUGAAACACUUAUAUCACUGUCACUCAUGGUUUUCUUUUCCUGUGUCAUACAUACAAAGUGCAUUUGAUUGUAAUGAUUUAAAGUAAAUAAAGCAUUUCAUCUACUUUUGUUAUAAA